AUGUGCAUUGUGCAGCCAUGCAUAACUGCCUGCAAGGUUGCAAGUCCUAACAGUUUGAACAGCAGAUUCUUGUACCACACUGCCAAACAUUCCGCGUUUAACGCUGCGAAACUAUGCUGCCAGCUUUCCCAGUAUGCUGCCGGUAGAGAAGUCGGCGAUGGUACCGUACGUGAUGAUCACACAUUUGUGGCCUUGAUAGACAUAGUAUUUACAGACGGGUCGAAGCGAACAUGCACCGGGGCAAUUAUACACGAUAACGUGGUGAUUACGGCUGCCCACUGUUUUUGCAAAAAAGGAGAUAGCAGUACAAAACCAGAGCUCACAACUUCAUUCGUGGUCAUAGGAACAAAAAAGAUGUUCGAUACUGGAUACGAGCAAUACCUUCCUAUCGAGAGGAUUCUGAGCCACCCAAAGUUUAGGGGAUGGACUGCAGACCUGUCUUUAGUUUAUACCUUCGCUGCGAUGACGUCAGAUAAGCCUGGGAAGAUUAUUCCAUUGGCUGGAGAGAAAAUGUCGAAUCCAGUUGAUUCGAAUGUGACGGUCUUCAGCUGGGGCCAUUGCAAGGAUGAGGAUGACCAAGAGCCAAUUCGAGUCACCGCUGGCCUGAACUCUAAACGAUCCCGAGCUCAAGAAAAGACACAACCGCCCCAGAACCAACCAGAACAGAAAAAGCAAUAUCCAGCACCAAAGCAAAACCUGCGCCAACAAUUAAGAUACAAACCGGUACCUCAAAAAACCCAACAGUCGAGGUACAAAACUGAAUCCAGGACAGUACAGAAGGACCUGUUCCACCAAUACCCGAUACUGCAGCAGAAAGUGAGGAAUAAGCAGAUUGAUGAUAGACUUGUAGAGCCGAAGAAAGAGGCUACGGCGAAACGGCUGAGUAGGUAUUUGACUUCUAGCGAGGAUAAUGUGGAAACAAACCCACGAAUUGCGCGAAUGGAACUAAAGAAUUUAACUUAUGAAACCCAAGAGAUAAUUCGGGAGGGCGCUGAAAAAUACAUUCGCGGUCGCCUUGUCACUCGUCCAUCUUCAGAACCUAUCGACAGCAUCAAGACCAUGUACAAGAAUUGGAGAAGGGUCAUGGAUAGUCUGCAAAACAAACUCACCGUCGAAGUCUUCGGCUUUGUCAAUAUGGCGGCGUGUAAAAAGAUUGUUGAAGGAUCCAAUUUGCCCGCGCAUUACGAAAUCAAGAACGGCGAAGUUGCUUGUUACUCGAGCGAUGAACAUUACAUAACUGAAGAAGAUUCUGGGGCUCCAGCUAUUCGCCACGGUCAGCUGGUGGCGGUGACAGUGGGAGGCGCCGAGUGCGACGGAGACCACGUCGGCGUGGGUGUGAAGAUGAGCUGCUACUGCAGCUGGAUAGCUGACAACCUGCCGUGA